AUGUCGUAAUGUAUUUGAAUAACGCUGUAUGGCGUUAGACGUCAACUUGACUUGGAUUUGGCAAAUGGCAAAAUGGCGGGUGCCAUAGUACGCUGUUUUAAGAUUCCAAAGAGGCAAUUAGGUCUCUUUGGAUCGACAUUAACUAAUCAGCAACAGAGAUCCUUUGCUGAUGCUGCACCUGAGGGAAAAAAAGUCGGUGGUCCUUUGGCCGAUGAAGAUCGUAUCUUUACCAAUUUAUAUGGCAGACAUGAUUGGAGGUUAAAGGGUGCAUUGAAGAGGGGCGAUUGGUAUAAGACAAAAGAAAUAUUAGAUAAGGGAGCAGAUUGGAUCAUCAAUGAGAUUAAGGUUUCAGGAUUAAGAGGCCGAGGGGGAGCUGGUUUUCCCUCUGGCAUGAAAUGGUCCUUUAUGAAUAAACCAUCAGAUGGAAGGCCAAAGUAUUUAGUAAUUAAUGGAGAUGAAGGAGAACCAGGAACAUGUAAAGAUCGUGAAAUUUUGCGACAUGAUCCGCACAAACUCGUAGAGGGUUGUUUAAUCGCUGGUCGUGCUAUGGGAGCUUGUGCAGCAUACAUUUACAUUCGUGGUGAAUUUUAUAACGAAGCAUCAAAUAUGCAAGUUGCUAUUGCAGAAGCUUAUCAAGCAGGAUUAAUUGGAAAGAAUGCUUGCGGUUCUGGUUAUAAUUUUGACAUCUUCGUACAACGUGGAGCAGGAGCAUAUAUAUGCGGAGAAGAGACAGCUCUUAUCGAGUCUAUCGAAGGAAAGCAGGGUAAACCUAGACUAAAGCCACCUUUUCCGGCAGACGUCGGUUUAUUUGGAUGUCCAACUACAGUUACCAAUGUUGAGACAGUAGCAGUAGCACCGACAAUAUGCCGACGAGGUGGUGCUUGGUUUGCAUCAUUUGGAAGGCCACGUAAUCAUGGUACCAAACUUUUCAAUAUUUCUGGUCACGUAAAUAAUCCCUGCACUGUAGAAGAAGAGAUGUCCAUUCCUUUAAAAGAAUUAAUCGAAAGACAUGCAGGAGGUGUAAUAGGUGGUUGGGAUAAUUUAUUAGGUGUAAUUCCUGGAGGAUCUUCAACUCCAGUCAUUCCAAAGAGCGUCUGCGAUACUGUACUAUUAGAUUUUGACGAUCUUAUUCGUGUACAAAGUGCAUUUGGGACAGCUGCAGUCAUUGUAAUGAACAAGCAAACUGACAUUAUCAAAGCUAUAACUCGUUUGAUUAGCUUUUAUAAACACGAAUCUUGCGGUCAGUGUACACCUUGUCGCGAAGGCAUAAGUUGGAUGUAUAAAAUUUUACAAAGGUUCCAGAAAGGAAACGCUGAAGAUCACGAGAUAGAUAUGCUUUGGGAAUUAACUAAGCAAAUUGAAUUGCACACGAUUUGUGCUUUAGCCGAUGGUGCUGCGUGGCCUGUUCAAGGACUCAUUCGGCACUUUAGACCUGAAAUCGAAGCUCGCAUGAAACAAAAACAGCAAGCUGCGUGUAAUUAAUGUGAGGUAGCGUAUAAAAAAAAAAAAAAAGAAAACAGAACAGUGUUAUCAGUAAAUCUUUAGCGACAGAUAUAAUACUUUGAAUGAAGCGACGAAGAACAAGGAAGAUCUAUUGUAUAAAAACAAAAAGGGAAAAAAAAAAAAGUAAAA